GCAAAGAACAAAGUGGCUAUAAAUAGAAAGCUAUCCCAUGCUCAUAAGUCACACACAGAACAAUACAUACACACUAUCUUCUUCUCAAACUCCUUUUUACAACUUCAUCAUCACCAUAUUAUCAAUAAUCAUGGGUGUUUUCACAUAUGAGAAUGAUACCACCUCUACCGUCCCUCCUGCCAAGCUCUUCAAAGCUGUCGUGCAUGACGCUGAUCUCAUCGUUCCAAAGGUUGUUGAUUCAAUCAAGACUGUUGAGAUCGUUGAAGGAAAUGGUGGUCCAGGCACUGUCAAGAAGCUCACUUUUGUUGAAGGAGGACAGACCUUGUACGUGUUGCACAAAGUUGAAGCCAUUGAUGAUUCAAAGUUGGAAUAUAAUUACAGUAUAGUUGGAGGAGUCGGUGUAUCGGACAUAGUUGAGAAGAUAUCAUUUGAGGCCAAAUUGUUUGAAGGUCCAAAUGGUGGAUCUGUUGGUAAGAUGAUUGUUAAAUAUCAUACAAAAGGAGAUGCUAAGCCUAUUGAAAAGGAAGUUGAGGAAGGCAAGGCUAAGGGUGAUGCUCUUUUCAAGGCCAUUGAGGGUUACGUUCUGGCCAAUCCUAAUUACAACUGAUGAGACUAUGAUCAUCACUCUCCUUUCUAGCUUUGUUGGUGUCUUCUUAAUACUAUAUGUUAGCUUCCAAUGUAAUAAAAUGUCUUAUGUUCCGAACUUUGAGGUUUGGUAUAUUUGUAUCUCACUUUAUCAAUAACUUAUAUUACAAAUGAAAGUAUAUCUAUAAUA